AUGGUGCUGUCAAAAUUUAAGGUUGAGAGCAUGGAAAGUUUAUUAUUCGUUUUGUUACCGGGUUUCUAUCUCCUUCUUGGAGCUACUGCUACUGCUACUGCCAAGACUACUAGUUUCUCGGAGGAAGGCCCUUCCUACGAUUAUUCUGCAAGUAUUGAGUGCAAAUCAGCACCAGAUAGUCCACUCUACAACGGUGGUGUCAUGAAGGAUCAGACUCUUGGAACGAGAGGGCACCGCCACUUCAAAAUCGCGAUGAAUUCCCCUGCCCUCACUUUGAGCAAUCUCACCGGCGAUACGAUCUAUGCCUUCUCCAGCUGGGUUAAGAUUUCUGGUGCAGAUUCGGCCGCGCUAAAGGCGACCCUAACGACCGAUAACACCACUUUUACUUGCGUGGGAACUGUGGUCGCGAGGAGUGCAUGCUGGUCAUUUCUCAAAGGCGGAUUCAGCCUCGACUCACCUUCCAACUACGCGUUCAUCUACUUUCAGAAUUCAGAUGAUUUCCAAUUGAAUGUAUCAGUUUCAAGUGCUUCUCUUCAGCCAUUUACUUAUCAGGAGUGGAAUGAAAACCAGCAAAAAAUGAUAACCACAGAGAGGAAACGCGCUGCCAUACUGCACGUAUCGGAUGUCGAUGGAACGAGGCUGCAGGGUGCCAGCGUCGCUGUAGAGCAAAUUUCUCGAGAUUUCCCAUUCGGAUCCGCCAUUGCAGAGACCAUCCUUGGGAAUUUGCCAUAUCAGAAUUGGUUUGUGGAACGAUUCAACGCUGCUGUGUUCGAAAACGAGCUGAAAUGGGCAGCAACGGAGCCUCGACAAGGAGAGGUGAACUACACGAUCCCGAACCAAAUGCUUGAAUUCACGCGCAGAAACCAGAUCACGGUGAGAGGGCACAACAUCUUCUGGGAGGACCCAAAAUACACGCCUCUGUGGGUUCGAAACCUACCAGCACCCGAGUUGAAAUCUGCAGUUAGCUCGCGGAUACAGAGCCUUGUCUCCAACUACAAGAACGAGUUUGUACACUGA